AUGUGGCCGACAAGUGUCGAAGCUCACCGAUUCUACACGUUCGCCUUCUCGCCGGGACUGCUCCUCCUUCUGAUCGUAUGCCUCUUUUGCACGCAGGUGGCGCCGGAGGCGUUUCCGGGAGCCGAUCCGUCGCUCGGCGCCGGCGCCAAUCCAAUGCUGUUGGAGUCGUUGGUGAAAAGGGUGAGCUGGUGGGGACCAGAGUUGAGCGGAAAAACUCCACGGAAGAACACGGAAGAAUUUUUUAUCUUUUUUAGAAAAUUUUAUCAUGAAAUGUGAUCAACUGACUGACGAAAUGUAUAGCAAAGUGAACUCUGCUCAUAGAAAAAUAAUUGUAAAUUUAACUUCUCAUACAAAAAAGUUAUUCGAGUUGUUGCGUGAAAAUGGCCUUCCGUUUUCCGUUAGCCCUUUUUUCACGGAACAACUCGAAUAACAUUUUCUUUAUGAAAAGCUAAAUUUACAAUUAUUUUUUUAUGAGCAGAGUUCACUUUGUUAUACAUUCGUCAGUUGAUCACAUUUAUGAAAAAAUUUUCUAAAAAAGAUAAAAAUUCUUCCGUGUUCUUCCGUUGAGUUCUUCCGCUUAACUCUGGUGGGGACCAUCUUUCAAUAAAACCGAAAGUUGCGUUAUAGCUCCCGAAAAACGGCGACAAAAAGGAGAUUCUCAUCAGUUACCUGGCCGCAGUGCCGACGCUGAUGGGCGAAAUCGACCAGUACCUGCUGAACAUAUCCGCUUCCAACUCGGCCCAAAGUUCGUCGAAGGAUCGGGAGAACUUUUCGAAGAAACUCAAUCAGAUUGUCCACUGCCUCACCACCGACGCCUACGUUUCGGUGGUCUCCGGGGCACUGGUAGCGGCGAUUGUGGAGAUCAACAAGGAUCGGACCAUCAUCCCGGACUACCAACUCAAAUAUGUGUUUGGCAACACGUGCGGCAACGAUUCGCAUAGUGAGUUGGUCGUUUUUCGUUCUUAUAACUUCACCUAACUAUGCUUCCUUCUUUCAGGCACCCGUCUGUUCAUGGAGCACUGGCAAGCGGGCGCCCGUGUCUUCAUCGGUCCCGAGAAGAACUGCAAGACCGAGGCAGCGAUGGCCGCCUCGCAGAACCUUCCGAUCAUCAGCUAUCGAUGCAACGACCAGGACAUUUCUCGAGACGACUACCACUACCGAACCUUUGCGAGAACGGUCCCGCCGGCCGGAGAGAUCUUCAAAGCGUUCAUGUCGUUGAUGAAACAGUACAAUUGGCGCAAAUUCUCGGUGGUGUACGAUGUGAAGAAGGGACACGCGAGGAACGAGCUCUUCGACACACUCAAACGGAUGGUCGAGGCCGAGAAUAAGUUUGAGGAGCAGAAAUUUGAGAUUAUGAAUGUGUCACGGCUCGAGUUCUCGAAAAUGGACAUAUCGAGUCAGCAGGACAUUCAGAGCAUUGAGAACGCCAUCAAAUCGACGAUGCAGACUACGAGAAGUGAGUAGAGUGACUGUUACCGUAUCCUACAUUUUUUCUUUCUACUGCAGUAUACCUGACAUUUGACAACGUGCGGCUCUUCCGAACGAUGCUCUCAAUCAUGGGCGAGAUGGGCUUGACGGAAAACGAUUACAUGCUCAUCUACGUGGAUACCAACUACGAUUGGCUCGACGUCUAUCACGCGAUGAAUAAUCACUUUUUGAGAAGUAUCAACUGGGUCCGGGCUAUCAGUAAUCGGUUUUUUUUCAGAUACGAUGACGUAUCUGCAUCACUCGUGGGACGCCAACAACUCUUCGGAUCGCAAAAUGUUGGACUACGCCCGCAGCGCACUUUCGAUCAUUCCGACGCCAGUGAAACUGAACAGUCAGAGGUUCUACAACUUUUGGAAGAAGGCCGGAGACUAUAUGCACUAUUUCGGGGUUCAGAAGACGGCGAACUUGAAGGUUAGUAUUGGCUGGACAACCAGUUGGACUAUAUACAACCAGUUGGACUACCCUUCGAUUGUUUACCCAAUGUUUUUCAGGGAAACCGCAUCGCGUGCUACCUCUACGAUGCCGUCUACCUGUACGCGCGUGCCAUCCACGAACUGGUCGAGGAGUACGGUAGUGACGAGGCGUACGACCCGACCGCGGACGGAAAAGCGAUCAUCGAUCGGAUUGUCAACAAGAAAUAUAGGAGUGAGUUCAACAAAUGA